GAGAGACCAAAGCUGAAGGAGUUGUAUUCGUUCCCCACAAUCUCGGGCGCCACCAUUGACUUGAGGGAGAAGGUGGGGUCAAAGUUUGAGGACUUGGGUCUAGAUCUGCUGGAUGACGACGAUGGCUCCCUGGUGGACCAGAUAGUGACCAACUGCCAACUCAAGUCAGCCGAGACUGUCGCCGAGAUCUUCAAAAGCUGCAGAGAGUCAUACACCUAAUCCUCCCAACACCCAACUUUCCUCCACUUCUUCACCACCUCCAACACUCCCUCCUCCCCUUACCAGUCGUCCCACUCUGCCUCAGUUGCUGCGUCUCAAGAUACCACAGAGAGUUGGUGCCAACUACUCCACAUUUGGAAUCCUUCUCCUCAACGACACAGACGGGAGACGAAUGGACAGCUACGAGCUGCAGUACCUUGGAAAUCCAGAGAAGAUUGUUCAGCGUAUUCUCCAUGAGUGGCUGCAGGGGAGGGGACAGGAGUUAGUGACGUGGGAGACACUCAUCGAGACACUCGGAGACUGCGACCUCUCAGCUCUGGCUGACGAGGUUCGCCAGAAACCGCCGUCAUAUCACUCCUGAUCACCUUCCAUGUACACCUCACCCUUGACCUCUCUCUCUCUUUGACAUUAUUUGCAGCUACUAUGAGUAGCCUACUUAUC